AUGGGUGUAUAUCCUCUGAAGAAAGAUGUACCAUGCGUGAAUGGGGCCUCAGAAUAUCUGAGGAUUGUUCUAGUUGGAAAAACUGGAGCAGGAAAGAGUUCAACUGGAAACACUAUACUGGGUAAAGAGCAUUUUCAGAACGCUGGGUCACUAGAAUCAGUAACUAAAAUCUGUGCUAGUGGAGAAGGGAAGAAUGGUGACCAGAUCAUCAAAAUCACUGACACUCCAGGCAUGUUUGAUACCGAAAUGUCAAAAGAAGAACUGAAGGCUGAGAUUGAGAACUGCAUCUACAUGUCUGCUCCUGGUCCUCAUGCGUUCCUGCUGGUCAUCAGACUGGAUGUGAGAUUCACAGACGAGGAGAAAAACACAGUGAAAUGGAUUCAGGAGAACUUUGGAAAAGAUAAGUAUAUCAAAAAAAGUCAAAAUCUCAUGGCUGUCGUUCAUUCAUGUGGUGACAGAUUUCACUCAUUCAAUAAUGAAGACAUGAGCAAAUGGCCGCUCAGGGUCACAAAACUGCUGGAAAAGAUUGAGAAGAUGGUGGAGGAGAAUGGAGGACAGCACUACACUAAUGAGAGAUGUAUAAACAAGCCCAGGAAAAGAUCAAAUGGGAGGUUUUUAAAGACUGGGGAAAAAACAGUACUAAAAGUAAUAGGAUUAGGAGCAAUAGCAGGAGCAGGAGCAGUAGCAGCAGGAUGA